CCGGAAGGUUCGUUUUCUUCAGAUUGAGAGACUGAAUAUACGCCAGUCUGUUAGAGUAGCAGAUUGUCGCGCAAUGUUGAAGGUCAGUGACGCUGCGGAUUCGGAGUCGAAUAAUAACUCAUCGCCCGUACCUAAAUUGUAUUGUACCGAACAAACCCGCUAUUCGAGCUGCUACAGAGCCAGGUAUCUCAGCCACCAGAUUAUUUUUGCUGAGGUACGCUUAUAUCCAUUUUCAACGACAUCACCGCCUUAGCCUUCCUUCGGGCCUACAUUGGCUUGCUACUGUACUACCACUAAAUGUACACUGAAUCCCAACUGGCAGAGCCCACCUCAUUUCAAACACCAGCCCGAUCGCGGCCUGUCGUAUUAUGCUGGUCAGGACCCCGAAGCCACAGCACCAACGCCAAAGACCAUAGCCGGCUGCAUUCCUGCCAUGACCGAGCCCAGUGAGGAAGGGAUGGCAGCACAUGAAGCAAGACACCAUUUCAUGCGGUAGAGAAAUUCGACGGAGACAAUACUUCUCUUCCCAGAGCUGCGUUCGCGGCUACCCACGUACGCUACUCAUGAAGCUUGCCAAAACAGUUGCAAUCCCAACUCUUCUUGAGAUCUAUCAUACAUUGAGGGAUCAGGUCCUAAGCGGCAGUGCGCAAAUGGGUCCGCUACGAGGAACCAGACAAGGCUGCAAUCCAAUCUCCUUGUCAUCCCAGGCGCCCACCUGCUCCAACGUCGGCGUCACCGUCAGACCCAGCGCAACCCAGGAUAACAUUGUAGCAAAGGAGUCUUGGAUGCGCUUGACUUACUCUUGUGGAGCUCUGCCUCGAGAUAUGUCACCAGCCCUUACGGCCCUGAUUUGCGUCGGAGCCUUCUCUUUGCAGAGUUAACAUACGUUCGUUGCAUCUGGUGCCUCCACGCUCCAACUUACAUCGCGGGAUCCUCGAGAGGCAUCAUUGAGAAGAGGAACAGCAAGAUCCAACAGGGAACCCUCCGUGCCGAUAUGCAGUCUGCAUUCAGCUUGUGUGAUCUGGCAUGCAUCACUACAUUGUCAAUAAGUCUCCUUCUCUCCCGACUGUUAAGCAGACUAACUCAACUUGAAUGAGAUGGUUCAGACAUCUUACCUUUUGCUCGCUAGGACAACACUCCUGUCAUCUCCCAUCUCUCAUCCCUUCGCGCCAACCUCAUCACCUAGGACCAACAGUCGUAAAGUGUUGGACAGGUCUCAGUUCACCAGCUUCUUGCUUGAAAACGGCCGACUGAACACAGCCACUUCAAAGCAGAGAUCCAGCUUAACGCCUUGCACCACGAGAAGGUGCCUGUCCAUUUGCAAAGCAUGAAAUGUAUCACCUGGCACCACUGAGGUAGACUUCAGAACCCUAUUCCGCUCCUAUUCCGUUGGCCACCGGAAUGAGGAACCCGAUCUGAGACCUCGGAAGACCACCUGUUUGACGAGAUGGCUCCUAGUAGAGUGCUAUGAUGAUUCGGAUAAAGGGAAUCACCCCUUCUUCCCGAUCAAUGUAUCUUUCAAAAUGUAUCACCUGGCACCACCGAGGUGGAUUUCAGAACCCUAUUCCGCUCCUACUCCGUUGGCCACCGGAGUGAGGAACCCGAUCUGAAACCUCUGGAGACCACCUGUUUGACGAGAUGGC